AUGGAAUGCGUGGCGGAUUGGUCGCUGGCUGUGCUGUCGGUGGGCGUGAAGGUGAAAGGCGUGCAGUUUGACCGGCGCAUGGUCAUUUUCUUCGGCGGUUUCGAGGUUUCUAGAUCAAUCUCCAUCGUCCUUCCUUUUCCUUUCGCCCCAUCUGUUUUCGUUAACAGCACUGCGGAGCCACUGGGAACAGAGAUUCACUACUCGUUUGAGCGAGACGUCACCAAUUAUGCACCCAUGCUUAAAACCGCAUCCACUGUCUAUGUGAUUCUAGAGAACGUCGUCGACGGUGAAUACACUGGGAUUUUCAACGUCACCAUCGCCCUCACAGCCUACAAAGGAACACCCCCCUCCACUCCCCCUUCCCUCCUCCUCCCUUUCUCCACCACCUACCCUUCCUCCUCCUCCUCCUCCCCUUACAUUCUUUCCGGAGCCUCAGCCACUACCCGCAGUGCUAUACAAACACUCUCCGGCUUUCCAACUAAUGUGAUUAAAGCGAAGGUGGAGCUGACUAUGUCAAUGCACGCGGACGACGAGUUUUAUUACCUUUAUUUCCCCAAUAAAUUCUACAAUAGCCUUCCUAGUUCUUUAAAGCCCAAAUUCAAGCCGGAAGGCGGUCCCUUUCGCGAGCUGAAUCUUUUCAUUGACGACCAAUUUGCCGGGGCAAUUUACCCUUUCGCCCCACUUUACACCGGGGCGUUCAACCCGCUGCUCUGGUCACCCGCAGUGGGAAUCGGGAAUUUCGGCUUCCCCACAGUUACCCUCGACGUGACCCCGUUCGCGGGGGUUUUAUCCGAUGGGCAGCCGCACGAAAUUAAGGUUUCGGUGGUGAAUGCAAAGCCUGGGGCUGCAUGGUACCUGACAGGGAUCGUGCACGUGUGGGCGGACUCCGGAGUAACGUCUACUGCUGGGCCCCCACCGACCAUCAAAGUGGCUCCCAGCAAGAGGAAAGAGAAGGUGAAGCUGUUUGAGAGUGCGGUGGUGAAAGCGCUGCGGCUGAUGGGAGUGCGGCUGAGCAUCGACGGGAAAUACAGCACGGUUGCUGCGCGUGACUACUCCAUCUCAGGCACCGUUGCCACAGCUGACGGCCCGGUUACCACUCUCGUCACAUCCUCCCUGUCAGUGGAUGCAGCAGCAAUGGUGCAGGGAGGCGGGGCGGCCAUCACCUGGUGGAACAACGUUGGCGUUAGGACAACUGUGACUGCCACACACGGAACAACCAGGGCUGUUCUGUCCUCUCAGACUGACACGUUCUCGUUCCCACUUCGAAUCAAGCAAGCUUCUUCUGAUUCAUAUGGAUCGGGCAACCUGAGCAUACCGGCACAGUACAUGCUGGGCCCCCUCAGGUUGGCGCUUCCACCUAAUGCCGGUGGGACAGUGGGAUGGGGAGAAAACGAGAGGAGGGUAAGAGGGGACAUGCCAUAG